CUCAGCACGACACCCUCCGGCAUGGCUUCCCCCAGGAUAGCGUCGCCAAUGCGCGGCGUCUCGUAUCAGCUGAGCAGACUGUCGCUACGGCAGGAUGCCGUUCCCAAAUCGCUCUCCGCCUCCUUUGCGCGCUCAAUAACGACGUCGACCGUAUCCUCGAUAACCACCUCCGCCGAUGGAUUCGUUCCCGUCAAGCCCUUCGAAGAGCAGACCGUGCUCGCUACCAUCCACAAGUUCCCGUCUCUCGAGCCCCUCCGCCUCCAAAGCUAUCCCGCAAACUACCUCAAUCUUCCCACCCGCAGAGACAUUCUCCACCGCGCAGUCGUCUAUGAGGGAGACAUGACCCGGUUAGGUACCGCACACAAGAAGAACCGGUAUGAAGUCCGAGGUUCAGCAAAAAAGAUUCGACCGCAGAAAGGAUCAGGAAGAGCGCGUCUGGGUGACAAAAAUUCGCCUAUGCUAAGAGGAGGAGGUCUAUCACACGGUCCCAGGCACCGCGACUUCUCCACGGAACUUCCCAAGAAGGUCUACGAUCUAGCAUGGCGGACAGCCCUCUCAUACCGAUGGCGUAAGGGCGAACUUAUCAUUGUGGAUAAUGCCAUAGAGUUGGAAAGCCCAUCACAAAGACUCUUGAACCACAUCUUCGAGGUGCACGAGCGGGAAAGAGGCAAAGGCAGGAGUCUUUUGGUCACGUCGGAGGACCGUCCGUUUCUCGAAGAGGCGUUGGAUAAGAUGGACCGUGGAAGGCAAGCACUUACCUGGGACCUCGUCGACGUCAAAGAUCUCCUCGAACUUCAGCGCAUCAUCAUCGAGCGCAAAGCCCUCUGGAACAUCUUCAAGGAACACCGAUCCGACCUGCAGGGCCUCCGGGUCCCAGGAGACCUCCAGCGCGAACCCGAGGACCCCGCCUCCCACGACUUCAUGCCAGGCUGGACUCAGUUCCACGCUCUAAUGACCGCGCCCCACGCCGAGCGCGAGGCCGUCCGCGCAGAAGCCUACGAGUCCACCGCCUACGAGCGCUGGACUCGCGCCGAAGCGCUCCCCGAGUCCGACCCCGAGAAGCUGCAGCUCACCGUUUCCGCCUUCGAGCUCCUUGCCGAAGCAAAGGACCUCGCCCGCAAACAGCUCCCCGCUAUGGAAACCCUCUCGGCCAUCCGGAAGGAGAAGAAUGCCAUCGUCGCCAAGCUCGAGGAGGACGGCGACCCUGAGGGCGCCCUCAGCCAGGCUCAGGUAGACGCCGCGGAGGCAAACCUUGCAAUCAAGGAGAGAAAGGUGAACGGGCUCGAGCUCAAGGCUCAGGCCGCAGAGCACCGCCGAGAUGCGUACCGCUUCCGGGGCAAGAAGGGCCGGGCAGAGGAGAUGGAGAAGCGUGCCGGGAAUCUGAGGACGGAGAUGGCGCUGGCUGAGGAUUCGCUGCUCUACGCGAAGAUUCACCUUGCGAAGUCGACGGCUGAGACCCUGUCCGAGCAGGGCGACGUCGUCGAGGCGGAGAAGUACGAGGCGGAGGCUGAGGAGCUGCAGGCGCGGCUGAACGAGAUCAGGAGGCAGGCGGAGGAAGAGUCGGUAGACGAGAAGUCCGAGUACACUGAGGAGGAUAUUAGGACGGCGGAGAUUGAAGCGAAGAAGGCGGCGGAGAAGCAGUAAGCAUGAGCAACGAAGAGUCUUGAGUGAUUGUUUGCCAUUUGUAUCAGUAGUGUACGGGAUAUCUGUGCAUAGGAAAUACGGCAUGUAGGAUAUGGGUCGUGGACUGUAGCUUCUUCACAAUGUAUCCGCGAAUUGACUUGAAUUCUGGCU